CUUCAACCACAGGAUUAGCUAUACAAGCGCUGCAAACAAUUAAUCCAGAUCAAAAUGCAUUCCCACUUACACACACCCUACAACGCAAACUGCGAGGAAAUCAUGACCGCCCUCGACGAAUGCCACGCAAAGGGCUUCCUGCACAAGGCCAUCGGCAGCUGCAACGACAUCAAGCGCGACGUGAACAAGUGUCUGGGUGAGGAGCGGUACGCGCGCGCAAAGCGCAACCGCGAUACGGCGAGGGAGAAUCGCAGACGGAUUGAGAAGAUCUGGGCGGAUGAGAAGGCUUUGGAGGUGACGGGGGGUCCGAUUUCGUCAUCGGGUGUGGGUGCGGCUGCUGAGGGGAAGUAAAUUGUCUUACUCUCUAUCUUUUGUGGUGUUGCUGUGUUGGUGUAUACCUAUGUGGGUGAUGGUGUGGAUUUGCUUGUUAAUGCGUGGGUAGAUGGUGUUGGGUGUUCAUUUGGCUUUUUUUUUGUUGCGACUCUUGUAUACUACACUAUCAGACUAUGUAUAUCAACUACUCCUCUUUCUAAGGUUGAA